AUGGAUCUAAAUAGACUUUCUAGAGUUUUUUCUACUAAAGAACAAUAAAAGCAAAUAGCAAACCCAGAUAAAAUAUUGGAAGAAGAGUUAAAAUGCCCUAUAUGUUUAGAAGUUUCAAGAAAACCUGUUACCACUGAUUGCUGCGGUUCUGUAUUUUGUGAAGAUUGUAUUAAGAAUAUAGUGACUAAAAAAUGUCCAAAAUGCAAUAAGUAAAGUUUCACUUAUUCUUUAAAUAUAUUUGCAAAUAGGUUAGUUAAUUAGUUUCCAAUAGUAUGCAAAUAUGGAUGUGGACAUGUUUCUGGUGGAUCAGAAAUAGGAAACCAUGAAAAAUAAUGUCCAAACAAAAUUUUAAAAUGCAAAUAUUGCAACUUUGAAGGUGUUUAUAAUAGUUUCUUGCAACAUAUAAUUAACUAGCAUGUAAAUUAAAUAGUAUAAUUGUUUGAAAAAUAAGAAUGA